AUGUCAGAAAUGGCUGGCGACUACUAUGAAAAAUUGUUCAAGGAGCCGGACGGAAUCUUGAGACCUCACCCUUUUGUUGAUUCUCCAUACACGGAUGUCGAAAAUUACGAAGAAGAAAUACCCGAGGCUAGUAUCGAAGAAGUCCUUGAAAUUAUUAAUAGGUACGACGAUGAUGAUGAAAAAGAGAAAUAUCGUCAGUUGCAACCAAUAUCACUGCCACCAAUUAGAGAACCACCAUUCAAACGACGCCAAGUUGAUCCCGAUAUAUUUCGUAAGGCUUAUGAUAAAGCUUUGUCAGUCGCUCGUAGUAAAAUGCUUCGAACAAAUAAUUAUUUUAUCGAUACCACUGCUACGACAACAAAUCAUGUACUCUAUUCAUACUUCUCUCAUACACCCUAUUGUAUCUUUAAACCCGCAACAUGUACACAUAAAUAUCAACAAGGAGGAAAAACAUCAUCCUCAUCAACCAAAAAACUUAAACCAAAUCAGAUACGAAAAAGUAUAUUCAAUGAUGUUAUUGUAGAAAAUUAUAUUCGAUGGUAG